AUGUGGGAGCUUUGUGGAGACUCCUGGGCAGGAUCCAAGCCAGCCAGGAGGGACGAGAAGCAGGAGAGAGAAUUGCUCCCAUUUCCUCCCCAGGGCUACACCUCGUUCUGGAACGACUGCAUCUCCUCGGGGCUGCGCGGGGGCAUCCUGAUCGAGCUGGCCCUGCGCGGCCGCAUCCGCCUGGAGCCCCUGGCCCUGAGGAGGAGGAGGCUGCUGGAGAGGAAGGUGAGCGUGGGGAGACUGGAGGAGAACCCCAAAACCAGCCUCAAAUCCCUCCAAAAUCCCUCUCCAAACGUCCCUGGGAGCCACCAAAAUCCAGCCAGGGUCACCCUCUGCAGCAGAGCUGCAGGGGCUGUGGGGAGCUGGGUGGAAAUCUUGGACCGAGAGACCUGGAACCCCUUCAAGCUGCAGUACCAGCUGCGCAACGUGCGGGAGCGGCUGGCCAAGGCCCUGGUGGAGAAGGGCAUCCUGACCACGGAGAAGCAGAACUUCCUCCUCUUCGACAUGACCACGCACCCCGUCAGCAACGCCUCCGAGAAGCAGCGCCUGCUGAAGAGGCUCCAGGAGAGCGUCCUGGAGCGCUGGGUCAACGAGCCCCAGCGCAUGGAGCGCAGGACUCUGGCCCUGCUGGUGCUGGCCCACGCCUCCGACGUGCUGGAGAACGUUUUCGCCAGCCUGGCCGACGACAAGUACGACCUGGCCAUGAACAGGACCAAGGACCUGCUGGAUAUGGACCCCGAGGUGGAGGCUGCCAAAGGAAAGGGCACCGAGAUGAUCUGGGCCGUGCUGGCCGCCUUCAAUAAGUCCUAAAAGUCCUCCUUGGUGGGUCCCCGUGCUGGGGUCACACCCAGAGGGACCUGGAGCUGGAAGCUGCCAAAGGCAGGGACAUGGAGAUGAUCUGGUGACCUGGGCCAUGCUGGUGGCCUUCAAUGAAACACUUCUCACAUGGGGUGGGGAGAUCCUGGAUGGGUCCCAUCAAGGGAACCUCACACCCCACCUGGGGUCCCAUCAAGGGGACCCCUCUCCCCAGAGGGACCUGGAGCUGGAAGCUGCCAAAGGCAGGGGCACUGAGAUGAUCUGGGCCGUGCUGGUGGCCUUCAAUAAGUCCUAAACACUUUUCACAUGGGGUGGAGGAGACCCUUGAUGGGUCCCACCGAGGAGAACCCUCUCCCCAUGGGAACCUGCAGUUCCUGGGGCACAGAUUUGGAGAUGAUCUGGGCCGUGCUGGUGGCCUUCAAGAAGUCCUGGACUCCUCACCCAGGGUGGAGGUGACCCUUGGUGGGUCCCAUCAAGGGGAGCCCUCUCCCCAUGGGCACCUGCAGUUCCUGGGGCGCUGGGUGGGCUCAGCCUGGGGAGGGACCAGGGGAUUUUUUGCUUUUCCCCUCCCCAGGUAGGGGAGAACCCCCCAGCAGCAGCACCAGCACAGCCCCGUGGUGCCUCCGGGGGAGGUGGCAGCAGCUCUUCACUCCUUGCCCUUGGGCAUUUCCUUCUGAGGCCAGUGCAGAGCCGGGGGUGGCAGUGCCAGGGGUGGCA